UAAAAGAACACACAAGAAGCUUUGCUUAUUUAAUUCCGAUCUAAAAAUGAGAACUUACGAAUCUAUUGGAAGUUGGAACAAUAGAUAUUGGUCGGAAAAUGUUUGGAACAAUUUGUUUAGAUAAUAUGAGAAAAAUAAGUAAAUAAAGAUUUAAAAAUAUUUAUACAAUUCAAUUUUUAUUUUUUAUGUUCAAAAGUAAUUAUUUUUUAUAACUAAAAAAACUACUCUCUCUUUUUAAGUAUAUUUAUAGAUCAAUAACAUUUGUAAUUAUGAGGUGUAUAAGUCUCUUACACUUAUUUGAAAAAGGUAAAAAAAAAAAAAAUCUCAAAUCUACAUAAAAAUAAUGUUUUUUAAUAAUAAAUUUCUUUUUUUUUUUUAAUAGAGUGCUUGAAAUUUAUACAUUUUAAGACUCAUAUUUAUAUAAGAAAUAAUAUCAAAAAAGAACAAAAUAACUAUACCUUUUUAUAAAUGGUAUUUUUAAUUUACAAAAUAUCAUUGACUAGAAAGAGCUCUCUUGUUUGUGCCUCUUGAAAAUAUUGAUUUAUAAAUUUUUUUUUAUAAAAAUAAAUUAAUAUUAGUCGAGACGGUAUAUCUACAAUUAUUCCAAAUCUCACCUCUCAUAUUAAUUAAUAAAUUUAUUUUCAUUUAUUUUCUUUUUUGGCGUUCUAAAUUUAUUUUUAUUAGGUGUCUAUGUACUAAAUAGAUAUAGAUUUAUGAAAAAUUUUAUUUAUUAUUUCUACAUACUAUAUACUAUACUUUUUUUCUUAUCAAAAUCUUAGACGAAUAAAUGAUGAGUAAAAAAAUUUAAUUAAUUUUAAAAAAAGUAAAAUUAAAAAAUUAAAAAAAAAAAAAAAACGUAUAAUGCGCGAUGUGUGAUGGCUGACGAGGAUGAGUAGCAAACGAAUUUAUUUGCCCUUUUGCUUUUUCCGCUCAAAGGGUUUUUGAAGCAAAGAAAAGAACCCUCCUGUUUGCCCCGAAUCAAACGUAGCAAUGGCUGAAGAGGCUCCAGCAUCAGAAACCUCGGUUACAAUGGCAGGCCCUGAAGUGGACGAAGCCUUAGCUCCAAACGCUCAGGAGACCCGCACCUCGAACGAGGCAACCAUAGAGUCCAACGCUCAGGGGGGCACCGAGUCCACUUGCAACAACAACAACAACAACAACAACAACGCAGCUGAGACUUCUUCCGAAGGAGAUCGAGAAAAAUCGUUGGAGUUCGCGGACCAGUUGAUGGAUAGGGGAUCCAAGGCCAUCAAGGAUAACGAUCUAGACGAGGCCGCCGAGUGUUUCAGCCGUGCCCUAGAGAUUAGGGUCGCACACUAUGGUGAACUUGCUCCUGAAUGUGUCCGUGCAUACUAUAAAUAUGGAUGUGCACUGCUGUACAAAGCUCAGGAUGAGGCUGAUCCAUUGGGUGCUGUACCCAAGAAGGAGAGUGAUUCUCAACAAGACUCUGCUAAAGAUGGAUCUGUUAAGAGUGCUAUAAACAGGGAAUCUACAUCAGCUUCUGUUUUGGAUAAUGUUGAUGAGGAAGCAAGUACGAAUCAUCAGGAUGGAGCACCAGAUAAUGUGUCAAGUGGAAAGGACCAAGAAGAAGAAGAUGAGGAUAGUGAUGGUGAGAAUCUGGCUGAAGCAGAUGAGGAUGAGUCUGACCUUGAUUUGGCAUGGAAAAUGCUAGAUGUUGCGAGAGCAAUUGUAGAAAAACACUCAAAUGACUCAAUGGAAAAAGUGGACAUAUUAUCAGCAUUGGCAGAAGUGGCACUGGAAAGAGAGGACAUCGAAACUUCUCUCAGCGACUACCAGAAAGCACUAUCUCUCUUAGAACAGCUGGUUGAACAAGACAGUAGACAGAUAGCUGAACUGAAUUUCCGGAUCUGUUUGUGUCUGGAGGUUGGGUCCCAACCACUGGAAGCCAUUCCAUAUUGCCAGAAAGCUAUAUCGGUUUGCAAGUCUCGAGUGCAGCGUCUCAUGAAUGAAGUAAAUGGUGCCUCGGAAUCAACAAUUUCCUCAUCUGCUUCCGAGCUAGAUCAGGGUGGCAACUCCAAUGUUUCUCGUUCUGAUAAUUCUGCAACAGAUAAAGGAGCAGAGAUUGGAACACUCAAUGACCUCUGUGGUGAGCUGGAGAAGAAGCUUGAAGAUCUUCAGCAACUGGCCCUUAAUCCAAAGUCAAUCCUUGCUGAAAUUCUAGGGUUUGCAUCUGUUAAGUCAAGUGGCAGUGAAAAGAGUGCAUCUCCAGCAGUGUUGAGCUCCUCACAGAUGGGUACUGCUAACAGCAUGGGAGAUUUUGACUCCCCAACCAUUUCCACUGCUCACACCAAUGGGUCUUCUGGAGUCACUCAUCUGGGUGUGGUAGGAAGAGGAGUCAAGCGUGUGAACUCAGUCACUGCAGAAUCAAGUCCAACGAAGAAACCUGCAUUGGAUUCAUCAGAAAAUAAAGGUGAUAGAAAAACCUCUUGAAGGUUUUGCAUUAUGGUGGCCUUUGUUUGGGAAAGGUACUCCCAAAGUAUGGAUGAUGCGGUACCUCUCGAUCUUAUCACAAAAUGCCAUGCCAUUAAAAUUGCUUACAUAGUUAUCUUUAAUGAUAUGGCAUCUUGUGACAGGAUGAGAGUAGCACGUGUCCUUAUUUCAAGACAACCUAAUAAUUAAUCCUUUCUGUAGAUGACUUGAAUUGGUUGCAAUGGCAAACUCCUUGAUUCACGAUAGUUAGUUGUGUGGUACGAGGGUACAAUGCUUGUUUUGUAAGGUAGGAUUCAUGGGUGACCUUGCUGUAAGGAUUUCACUAUGGUGUUGAGAAGAUACUCUUAUUGUAUCGUCCAGAAGUUUUGAUGUCUUAGAUUGUCAGUUGAUUGUGCUAGUUAUUGUUAGAAGAAAGUCUUGCAGAGCCAUGACGUGCUGAUCGGAUGGUGCAUGCUCUAACAAGCACUAAGCUUUCUUUUGUUUCAAUUGCAUCCUUCAUCUUGACCUACUCAGUGUGAUAUAUCCCAUUAAGAUAUUAUCAUCAUGUUUUGUGAUCGUUUAUGGGAGUUUCCAUUAUGUUUUUGUUU